AUGAACGAAACAGCACUACCCUUGAACGGUACAUCUCAGAAUGCCACAACUGCAACCGUGCUAGUCCACGGUUGGGUUUCAGGCCCAGAUGUUAGAGGCUCCUGGGAUAUAAUCUGGUCUUCGUUUAUGGCGAUAUUCCUGUGCACUUGGACAGCAAUCUGCCUUAACAUCCCCCAUCCGAAAGACAGAACAUUACACAUCCUCCUACGGAAAACGAAAUGGAUGUUCUGGGCCGUCAUAGCACCGGAAAUCGUACUUUCCAUAGCCAUGGGCCAAUAUGCGUCUGCCAGGCGGUCAGUAAGGCGAUUUAAGAAACUAGAGUGCGAAGGAUGGACUAUACGACACGGCUUCUUUGCGGACAUGGGUGGAUUCUUACUACAACCGAAAGAUAGUACUCCAUUCUUGGUUAAUAGCCGACAAAUGGCGUAUUUGGUUGAGCGAGAGUAUAUCCAAUGCCCUACUAUUACCGAGGAGGAGAUAUGGGAUAGGUCGAAGGCAGACUCUCUCAGCAAACUAAUCACAGCAGCCCAAGCAACCUGGCUCCUCUUUCAACUGGGAGGAAGGGCAGUGCUGAAGCUUCCUACCACAACCCUGGAACUAUCCGCCGGUGCAAUUGUUCUAUGCUCAUUCGGAACAUUUAUCUGCUGGCUACAUAAGCCGAGCGACGCUAAGAGCGGUGUAACCGUUACUACAAGAUUUACGACCGCACAGAUCCUACUCGAUGCGGGACCCAUAGCGGCCCAACCGUAUGUCCACACGCCGCUGGACUUCGUUUCUCGAGAGUCACCAACAUGUGGAUUCAACAUGAUGGGAUUUUUUAAUUUACGAUGCGAUGAUCCAGAAAGACCAUUACGACGGUUUCCGAACGAUAGAUUCCCAGAUAUCGCUACCUUCGAGAAGAUUGCCCUAUUCCUUAUUACAACGGCGUAUGCUUCAUUUCAUCUCAUCGGAUGGAAUUUCACUUUCCCUAGUCGGGUCGAGACGCAACUAUGGCGGUGGUCAAGUGUGGUCGUGACCGGUGCGACAGUAUUUUUCUGGGUAUUCGAAACCAUCGCCGCUCGACAGAGGUUCGGGAGAUGGGAUAAGUACUUGAUAUGGCUACGAUUGAAGAAGAAGCCAGCCGAUGAAACGACGCCGACGGCCACUAGUCAAGAUGGUGAAACGGGUAGUGAUGUAGAACGUGCGCCUAAGACUGGAGGCGUGGUACGGCAGGACACCAUAUUACGAAUGGACGCUUUCGAAGAGGAGAUGAAGAAGGCAAAGCCCAUAGUGUUCUGGGAAGUGGCGAUAUUAUUUCCUUUCAUUUUGUUAUAUGUGGUAGCAAGAGCUUAUCUAAUUGUCGAAGUUUUUGUGAGUUUGAGGGAGCUGCCGGCGGGUGUUUAUAAAACCUUCGAGGUUGCAGAGAUUAUACCCCAUUGGUGA